AUGUCUCUAGCUGCACUAUUAAAUGAUCGAGAUGAAGACAUAAUCCCUAUCAACAAGUCUUCAACUACUGACAUUACUGCCAACUCCUCAACUAAUGGUUUUUCAAAUAAUGAUUCGUUAACUGAUAAUGUCAAAAAUAGGACAGAUAAUGACCGGAAAUUGAAAUACUUGAACAAACUAAAUGACCAAUUCAACAGAUACAGGUUUAGAGACAAUCUGGAAUGGCUGUACCAGGACUGGAAGUUCCUAAACUUACAAGAAUUCGAGCUGAUCAACGAGUGGAACUAUCUUAAUUUGAAAGACUUGAACAAAAACAGAAUCCUGUUGUUGUCUGACAAGGAUGAUCAUCCAUCAACAGAGGCAGCCGAUGAAUAUUAUACAAGUCUGAAUUCUAAUUGGGAAAAGUAUCUGGUCUAUAAAGACACUAGGUAUCAGGCUAUACUCAGGUCUAUCUCCAGUAAAAAUAACGAUAAACUAAGUCUUGUGGAAAAGAAUGACAGUACUAUGGAGUAUAAAAAACAAAAUAUAGGAAUAGAGCACAAAAAGAAUAGUAUUCAAGGUGAGAAUAAAAAUGGGAAUGAAAACAAAAAUGAGAACGAAAAAGAGAAUGAGAAUGAGAAUGAAAAUGAGAAUGAGAAUGAAAAUGAAAAUGAGAAUGAUAUUGAUAUUGAUAUUGAGAAUGAGAAUGAAGAAGAUAAUACAAUAGGUGAACACGAUGAUGAGGAAGAAGAGGAUAUGGAAGAAGUGGACGAUGAAGAUAUUGACGAUCUUGACGAUCUCGAUGAAGAACAAUUCGAAGAUAUCUAUAAUGAAGACGAUAAAGACCAAGAUUUUACUAUCGGCUAUCAAAGAAAAACUAAAAGAAAUCCACGUUUACAAAGAUCGCAAAACCAAAUGGAUUAUAACCCAAUUGACAUCGAUAUUCAUUCCGAUCAUAAAUUUAUUGUCAAGGAAUUAGAAAGAUUAUAUAAAAAGCAUAAAGGUCAAAGAACCAAAAAAAGAAGAUUUACAAAUAUUUUCAUUAAUGAUUAUCAGAAUAAUAGUGAUAGUAAUAGUAAUGAUGAUGAUAAUAAUAAUCAACUAACUUUAGAAAUUAGAAUCACCUUAAAACAAAAUCAUUCAAAAAAAUUAAGAAGAUUAAUUAAUGAGGAUAGAAGAAGACAGGAAAAGUUAUUAAAGGAAAAAUUAUUGAAGGAAAAAUUAGAGAAUGAUCUUUUAUUAAAAAAAUCAAACAGCAGUAACAACAAUAAUAAUAAUAAUAAUAAAUCUUCCUCGAAUUCAACUAACCCUAAUAGCAGUGCCUCAAAUACACCAACAACUUCUCCUUCAAAGAAAAGACGGAAACUAAAUCCAUCAACAACUAAUAUACCAGAUUCAAACGAAAAUAAUCAAUCUUCAAUAGACAAGAAGAAAUCGGCAAAUAAUGAUAUGGAUAAUAAUAACAAUAAUAAUAAUGUACAAAGUGUUAAUAAAAGGAAAACUCACGAUUUACCUACCUACGGGAUUAAAAUGUCCGCAAGAGAAGCAAGAGCUAUUCAACGUCAUUAUGAUAACACUUAUAUCACAAUUUGGAAGGAUAUGGCACGUAAAGACUCUAAUAGAAUGUUAAGAUUAUAUCAGCAGAUUCAAUCUGUUAGAUCAACUAAUUUUAAAAAGACUUCAUCUUUAUGUGCAAGAGAAGCUAAAAAAUGGCAAACAAGAAAUUUUAAACAAGUUAAAGAUUUGCAGACAAAAGCAAGAAGAGGUAUAAGAGAAAUGUCGAAUUUCUGGAAGAGGAACGAACGUGAAGAACGUGAAAUUAAGAAAAGAGCUGAAAAGAUUGCAUUGGAGCAAGCCAAGAGAGAAGAAGAAGAAAGAGAAAAUAAAAGACAAGCUAAAAAAUUAAAUUUCUUAUUAACACAAACGGAAUUAUACUCACAUUUCAUCGGAAGAAAGAUUAAAACAAGCGAGAUUGAAGGUAAUGAAUCUGCAAGUACUACUAUAAAUAAGAUUGGUGAUACAAGCGGUGAACAUGGUGAGAUUGAUUUAGAAAGAACUAGUGCUAAUAGAACAAGCAUGCAUGAUAUCGAUUUUGAUAAUGAAGAUGAUGAACAAUUGAGGCAAAAGGCUGCAGAGAAUGCGUCCAGUGUUAUUGCACAAAAUAGAGCUAAGGCAAAAGAAUUUGAUAGUAAAACAACAAGAGAUCUUGAAAACAGUAAUAACUACAAUGAAGAUAAUGAUAAUGAAGAUGGUGAUGGUGAUGGUGAAUUGAAUUUCCAAAAUCCAACUUCUUUAGGAGAUAUCACAUUAGAACAACCAAAACUGCUAGCAUGUACUCUGAAGGAAUAUCAAUUAAAGGGUUUGAAUUGGUUAGCAAAUCUGUAUGAUCAAGGUAUUAAUGGUAUUUUAGCAGACGAGAUGGGUUUAGGUAAAACAGUUCAAUCCAUAUCAGUUUUGGCUCAUCUUGCAGAACAUUAUAAUAUAUGGGGUCCAUUCUUGGUUGUUACACCUGCUUCGACUUUACAUAAUUGGGUUAAUGAAAUUAAUAAAUUCGUCCCAGAUUUCAAGAUUUUACCAUACUGGGGGAAUGCAAAUGAUAGAAAAAUUUUAAGAAAGUUCUGGGACAGAAAAAACCUUAGAUAUAAUAAGGAUUCACCCUUCCAUGUCAUGAUUACGUCUUAUCAAAUGGUGGUUUCAGAUGUUACAUACUUACAAAAGAUGAGAUGGCAAUAUAUGAUCCUAGAUGAAGCACAAGCUAUCAAGUCCUCUCAAUCAUCACGUUGGAAGAAUUUGUUAAGCUUUCACUGUCGUAACCGUCUUUUAUUAACUGGUACUCCAAUUCAAAAUAAUAUGCAAGAAUUGUGGGCUCUUUUGCAUUUCAUUAUGCCUACUUUGUUCGACUCACAUGAUGAAUUUAGUGAAUGGUUUUCUAAAGAUAUUGAAUCGCAUGCAGAGGGUAAUGGACAAUUAAAUCAACAGCAAGUUAGAAGAUUACACAUGAUUUUAAAACCGUUUAUGUUAAGACGUGUUAAAAAGAACGUUCAAUCAGAAUUAGGUGAUAAGAUUGAAAUUGAUGUUUUAUGUGAUUUAACACAAAGACAAAAGAAAUUGUAUCAAGUAUUAAAAUCUCAGUUGUCUUCGAAUUAUGAUGAUAUCGAAAAUGCAGCUGGUUCAGAUGAGAACAAUAGUGAUCAAAGUUUGAUUAACGCUGUUAUGCAGUUCAGAAAAGUGUGUAAUCACCCAGAUUUAUUUGAAAGAGCUGAUGUUGAGUCACCAUUCUCCUUUGCUACAUUUGGUAAGACAGGUAGAAUAACAAAGGGUUCUUCCAAUCUUGGUGGAGCAAGCACCAUCAAUAAUAAUAGUAUGGUAAAUGUGGCCACAACUGAUAGUUCUGCCAAUAGCGGAUUAGUGUCUAAUCAUUUAUUAACGAAUCUAACAGAUGUUGUUUAUUCUUCUCGCAAUCCUAUUACAUACCACUUGCCAAGAUUAAUAUACAAUGAACUAUUACUACCUCAAUACAAAAAUUCUUUGUCAACAUUCAAUAAGAUUGUGAAUCACAUGAUGAACAUUUAUCUACCUAUUAAUAACAGAGGAUUAAAUGCAUACUUAUACAGAAUAUCAGGUUAUAAUGGUAAUGACAUAGCAGGUAUCCAUAGUGAUUUUCUAAUAACAAGGUUGAUUAAGAAUAAAAAGAGACAUUUGGAACCAAUAACUCGAUUUGAAAGGAGCUUAAUUGUUACAGGGAGAAGUAAGGAAAUUACUGAAUUGGCUAGAACUACUACUAAGGGUGUGUUGAAUUCAUUGUUAAAUAUUAAAAGGCACUAUUAUGAAGAAAACUAUUUUGAAUCUUUAAAUAGAGGGUACCAUGAUGGUGCCGCUGCUCCUCCGAUUACUAUUGAAGUUUUGGGAUCUAGUAAUUUUUCAAAUAAGAUUCAUAGAGAACUAUUCGAGCCUGUUGUUUCUCAAGCAUUUAGUGAUAUUCCUUCAAUUACUCAAUACAAUAUGCACGUAAAGAGGAAUAUCCCAAUAGAAAAUUUCCCAGUAACAGGCUUAUAUCCAGCCCCACUGAACAAGAAGUUCUCCUCGAAUAUCUUUAUGCCUUCGAUGGAUAGGUUUAUUACUGAUUCUGCUAAAUUGAAAAAGUUGGAUGAAAUGUUACCAAUAUUGAAAGCAGAAGGACAUAGAGUAUUAAUCUAUUUCCAAAUGACAAAAAUGAUGGAUUUAAUGGAAGAAUACUUGACAUACAAACAAUAUAAUCAUAUUAGACUGGAUGGUUCAUCUAAGUUAGAAGAUCGUCGUGAUUUAGUACAUGAUUGGCAAACAAAACCUGAAAUUUUUAUCUUUUUGUUAAGCACAAGAGCCGGUGGUUUGGGUAUCAAUCUAACUGCUGCAGAUACUGUUAUAUUUUAUGAUUCUGAUUGGAAUCCAACAAUCGAUUCACAAGCUAUGGAUAGAGCACAUAGAUUGGGUCAAACUAGACAAGUCACAGUUUAUAGAUUAUUGGUUAAAGGUACUAUUGAAGAAAGAAUGAGAGAUAGAGCUAAACAAAAGGAACAAGUUCAACAGGUUGUCAUGGAAGGUAAAACACAAGGUCGUCAUGUUAAAACCAUUGAUGCAUCUGCAAAUAUAGGAGAGAAAACUAAUUAG